UUGAAGUGAAACAUGUUUCCACGAGGGGAAUGUUGUUGAGGACUGUUUUAUGCUUUUGUGUUUGGGAGAAUUUGUAAUAAACAGAGGUUUGGAGACGAGGACCGCGGUUCGUUCUCUCACUCACUGACUCCGUGAUUCUGCUUUCCAGGUUUUCUCCUAUGAGAGUUAAGUUGUGAACCCCAAUUAAGAAAAAUCAUUUGUUACCCCGGUUACUCGAUUUGAAACCACCCCCUUGGGGCAGACGUCAAGCUGGCGACCGGAGCAGGAAAGGAGGAGGAAGAGGAGAAGCUUGCAGCAAUGAAGGAGGAAGAGGAGGAGGAGCCUGCAGCAGUUAAGGAGAAAGAGGAGGAGCAUGUGGUGAAGAAGGUUUUGGACCGCAGAGUGGUGAAGGGAAGAGUAGAGUUUCUGCUGAAAUGGAAGGGGUUCUCAGAUGAGGAGAACACAUGGGAGCCACAAGACAACCUGGACCUGGACCUUAUCACCCAGUACAUGCAGAAACACAAGGAGACGGAGGAGAAGAAGAAGAAGGAGGGCAAGAGGAAAGGUGUCAGGGAGGAGGAGAAACGGAGAGGAAGAGGAGUCAAACGUCACCGCUGUCAGCACUGUGACAAAUCCUUCACAUCAGGAUAUUUAAAGAUUCAUCAGAGAGUUCACACUGGAGAGAAGCCUUACAGCUGUGAUCAAUGUGGAGCAGCUUUCGCAGUACUGAGUAACCUAAAAACACAUCAACGCAUUCACACUGGAGAGAAGCCUUACAGCUGUGAUCAAUGUGGGGAAACCUUUUCUCAGAGGGGACACCUUAAAACUCACCAGCGCAUUCACACUGGAGAGAAGCCGUUCAGCUGUGAACAAUGUGGGGAAACCUUUUCUCAGAGUGGUAGCCUUAAAACUCACCAGCGCAUUCACACUGGAGAGAUGCCGUACUGGUGUGAACAAUGUGGGGAAAUGUUUUCUCGGA